UCGGUCGCGUCGCGUUCGCUGUUGUUUCAUUUCUUUUCUGGCCUUGGUUAUUUGUUGAGCCGAAAAGAUCUGGGCGCUUGUUUUUCGUUUUUGUGGGAUUUCUGUUAAUUUUGGAUAUUGUUAAAAAUAACAUUGUUUUUGUUAACUUUUCGUUAAAUAAUCGUUAUAAAAAAAUUGUGUUGGAGAUAUUGUUAAAGUCGAUUUUACCCAUUGACCAUCAAAAGACAUCUCGUGAAAUCCCACCAAACGAAGAAUUAAAAAACAGCUGAAAUUCUAAUUUCACAAAAAUUUAACCCCAACCCAAUGCUAUCGCUUAUCGUCUGGACUUGGCAUUGAUUUUGCGAGUUUUUAAGUCAAUUGAAAAGUGUGUGAUUGAGUUGGCCGAGCGUUCGCAUCAUGGAGCACUCCAAUGGUAGUCGCAAGUUAAGUACAGACCAGUCUGAGGCACCUCGUCCACAGUGCUCGGCGGUGGGCUCCUCGGCGGAGUGCAGGAGCAGCAAAAGGAAGCUCUAUGCCAUCGAGGAGCGCGAGGAGAGCUCGCCGGUGACUGUGGGCAAGGCGGAGCCUGAUCUGGCCUACGAUGCGGACGUGGACGAGCUGGAGCAGCCGGCAGGUGAGCGUGAGAUCAUCUACGAGCUGUUCCAGCCCUGGGCCCUCAGCACAUACGGCGAUCAGGCCAAGACCAAGACGAUAACGCUGCGCAAGAAGGCGCGAAUUCUAAAGGCGCUGGAGGGCAAGGAGCACAGUCGCCCCGAUAGCUCCAAGUUUCGCUUCUGGGUCAAGACAAAGGGCUUUACCACCAAUCGGCCCGAUGGUUUUGAAGAGGCUCCCGGCAGCCGACGCCGCAUGAAGCCACUGCCCAGCUCAGCCAUUCUGUCCGAUAAUCCCGGCGAUGUGGACCUCUAUGCCGCAUCCACCAGCAAGGGGUUCGGUCGCCGGACUUACCGCAAGGUGGCCUGUGUGGAGGAGUUCUUCGACAUCAUCUACAACGUGCACAUGGAGCUGGGCGGACGCAGUGGCAUGCACGCGGGUCAGAAGCGCACCUACCGCAUUAUCACCGAAACCUAUGCGUUUCUGCCCCGCGAGGCGGUCACCCGCUUCCUGACCAUCUGUCCCGAGUGCAAGAAGAACCUGCGUCCCUCCUCGCCAACGGCGGGCGGAAAGGACUCCGAGUUGGCUGGCAAUGAGAGCUCCUCGGAAGUGGAGACCUACCUCAAUUAUUCAUCGCACACGGAGAGCUCGCUGGAGGCGGGGCCCACGGCCAAGCGCCGCCGGCACUCGAGUGCGGACCUCAAGGCCUCGUUGCCGGUGGUUGGCAGUGGUUUGGGCAUUGCUGUGGGUGGGGCAGCCGCGGCCAGCAGCUCCAGUGCCACUCAGCUGGAUGUCCUGGGAACAGGACCGCCACCGAGUCCCAAGCCACCGAAGGCGGUACAGGCGGCCGUUGAAACCACGCCGGUCAGCGUGCCCAAAAUCCGGGUCAACCCACAGUUGCAACGUCCGACGAGUCCGAUGGAUCAGUCCCCAGCCAACCCGAAUACGAAUACCCAAUCCCAAUCAGUGACUCAUUCCCAAUCCCAACCCAAUCCCCAAUGCUUUGAUGUACAGCUGCUGAAGUCGCGGGAUAAUCUCCUGCGGUACUAUGACUUCAUGAGGCGGUUCUAUGCCGGCGAACCGGUCCUAGCGCCGCCCCUCUACGGCAGCAGCCUGUUGCAGAGCCUCAGUUAUCCAACCACCACCUCGACCGCCAGUCCAGCAACCCCUGUCGCAACCCCCUCAGCCCCCGGCAAGAUGCUGGCCCCUCCCAGGGAUCCGCCGGCGAUCAAGUCCUCGCCGGACAGCUCGAUGCGGGCACGCUCGCCGGAGGCUUCGACGGCCAAGCCUGCCGCCGCCAAGGAUAAUGUCCUCACACCGAUUAAUCUAACGAAAUCUAUAUUUUGCAGCUUGAAAACCGGACAUCCGGCUUCCACAUCGACCCCGGUGCCGCUCAAGCUGGAGCUGCCUAGUCCACCGAGACCACUGCCGGAGCUCAGGAUUCCCCAGUUGCGAGGACUGCCUCCGGUGGAGCUGUCCCUCCCUCUGCCGCCAUUGGACUUGGAGCGAUUGAAGCCCAUCACCUCGACUUACUUGCAAUUGACCCGCAGCAUGGGACUCAGCGAUGAGGACGCCUUGCGGUUUGACAACCUGUUUCUCUUUUCUCUGACAUGCUUGGCUUAUAAAUGUAACCCAACUAAUGCAAUGCUAACGAGCGAGAAAGGCAAUGAGAGAAAUACACUUUUGUCGGCCGAACAACUACCACCAAAUCAUGGGCCAAACGAACAACUGCCACCAAAAACAAAUCAUCCAUAGCUUUCGGCCACCAAAUGCGUUUUGCCAUGAGCUGCGCACAAAAUUAUGCAAUAGUUUUUUCUACGUAUUUUAAUUGUUUUGCCGCGAAAUUCCAAUUGAAUUUCUCGUUCCGCUUCCCUUUGUGUUUUUUAUAAUUUUGAUCUCUUAAUGCUUGAAUUACUUUUGGCUGCAAUUU